CGGUCCAACACGCGGUCGGUGUGGUCGUCGUGAACGCGCGCCCUCUAUCUGACAUUGACUGAAACUCGCACAAAUACAUUAACCGAUCUAAUGUGCAUUUAAUGGGAGUUAUUCGACAUUUAUGAAACAAAAUGUGUAAAACGAAGUGUUUGUUCGCUAUCCUCGCGAUCACGAUCAACCUAGUUUACUCCUGGGAUAUUGCCAUUACAACUGGGGAUCAACUAGAAUUUUAUACGAAUCAAACAAAAACUAGUAAUGAAGGGAUCAGAUUUAGAGAUCUCACGGCGCUGGCGUAUGACGCUGUGCACAACAUGCUUCUAUUUGUCGACAAACAAAAUGACAACGCUUCAAUAUUUAGCUACAACCUACUCACUAAGAAAUAUCAACCUCUAGUUGGGCGAAGGUCAUAUGAGAAUAUUCAAGGUUUAGACUUUGAUCCGGUCACUGGGAAAAUGUUUUGGACAGACACUAACGAGAGGAGUAUAUACUGGAUAUCCCUUUGGCCGAGAUCGAAGAACAAUAUUUAUGGAAAUAUUUUGCUCAAAAUGGAUAAUGAGAUCCCAAGAGAUAUUGCCGUUGACAGUUGUAGAGGCUACAUUUACUGGACUAACACAAACAUUACAAAACCUACGAUCGAGAGAGCGCGUUUCGACGGCAGUGAAAGGAGUGUCGUUGUCGAUUCUGACAUCCACAUGCCCGUCAGCAUCGCGAUAGAUCAACAAACAAGGCGACUGUACUGGGCCGACGACAAGGAAGGCAUUCACUACUCGAUAGAAUCGUCAGAUUUAAAUGGAAAGGACAGAAAGAGAAUAUUAGUCGGAACAUAUCACCAACCGAACGCUUUAACCGUAUCAAAGGACAGUAUUUAUUGGGUCGAUUGGGGUUUCAAGUCGGUGUGGAAACUAUCCAAGACCGCGCCUGUUAACAGCGAGCCGGAAGAACUGAUAGCUUUCACUAAUGAAGUUCCGUUUGGAAUUGUCGCGAAUUACAAAAUAGCGGAUCAAACGACGAAUGUAGAUGAAUGUAAAACUUUAGCAAACCUAUCAGAGAAUAAGGCUCUGCUCAAUGAAUCAAUCAAUAUACCCCAAGACGUUGGUUUGUUCUGUUUACAUGGGGUUAAGACUGGAAUGUCAGCGUGUAAAUGUUCACCUGGUUACACCGGCGAACGAUGUGAAAUAUCAAUUUGCCAAAACUUCUGCUUUAACGGUGACUGCAGAGUAAACAGUAAAGGCCAGCCCGAAUGCAAAUGCAAAAAUGGUUUUACGGGACCUAGAUGUACUACAGACAUCUGCUCUCUAUAUUGCCUAAACGGAGGGGAGUGUAAACUAGACAAUGACAAUGCUAUAUGCACAUGCCCACUAGGGUUUGAGGGCUCACGAUGUGAAACGCGUAAAAUUGUACAAAUUACACCAACUGCUGAACCUUGCAAUUGCACAAAAGAAGAAAACACCACCAAAUCUGUUGAUACAUCAAAUGUAUAUGUUGAAACGGAUUGCUCGCCAGGAUGGGAUCCCAUACGCGAUCCCAUACUGAUGGUGUUGGGAAUACUUUGCGGCUUGCUGUGCCUUAUCUGCGCGUUGCUCAUCACCAAGAUAUUGCAUCUCAGGAGACGUCCUAGGAUCAAGAAGCGUAUAAUAGUGAACAAGAAUGUGACUCCUCUGACAGCGAGACCAGACCAGUGCGAGAUCACCAUCGAGAACUGUUGCAAUAUGAACAUCUGCGAGACGCCGUGCUUCGAACCAAGAAACGCGAUACGACCAACACUGGUCGAUUCAAAACCUGGCAAGGAGGACAGGCGAAAUCUAAUCGCGAACAUGGAACAAGACGAUAUUUAUUAAAAGAUAAAUCAUAUCUUCCGUACUUAUGUACUUGGUUAUGAGUCCAAAGGUUAUUGUGAUAUUCGAUGUAGGGCGCGACAACCAUUCUCUGGUUAAUUGGUUACGUUCGAGUUAGUUUUGGUUUCGUUGGUUCGUAGGUUAUGAAAUACGGGGCUGCCAUACAAUUUCUUAAUUUUUUAAUACUUAACACAGCAAUACCAUUAGACUGUAAAAUUUUAGUGAUUUUUCUAAAUGUAAUUUGUAACCUAUGAUCCACAGAUACAAUUUAAAGUCCAAGAGUUAGUUGUAAGGUAGCCUAUUUUAAGGUUGUACAAAGGUUGAAAUGGAUAUUGGAUUUAUUUCCUGUGAUUUUUAUCACAAGGUGCCUUUUCGCGUUAUGUUCAUGCAUCGACUUAACUAGGCUUUUAUAAGAAAAUAAAUUAUUAAUUUUAUAAAAAUGAUUCAUUAAGAAUCGGUAAUUUUUAUUUGUGAUAAUUUUUUUCUUCUAUUUUGUUAAAAUUUAAUCGUGAGUAUCAUUGUAUCAUAAAACGCAUUUAUAUUUAUUUAAAAAUUAUUUAUAAUUAAUUGGAACUCUUGGCGAUUCCGAUACUGAAAUAUUUUAAAAUUUAUACUUAACUGUUGAAAUCCUUUAUUCGAAAUGUUUUGACAUUAAUAAAAAAAAAAUAAUUUAUUUUGACAAAUCAA